CUCUUUUAUCACACUGCCAUUGUGAGGUGGACACGGCAGCCUUGAGCUUAUGAUAAUACAAGUACUUGGUAUACUUCUGCACUUUCACAUGUGAGGUUAUAACGAACUGAAGGAAAGCUGGGAGUCAUCUUGGCAGAACAUAGAGAGGACAAUGUCUGCACAAAAAGGCCGAAGUGAAGACAGGAGCUACACUGACUGGAUGUCACAACUUCCUCCAGAGCUCCACAAUAAUCCUCUCCAUAAUCUGACCAUACCAGGAAGCCACGACUCGAUGAGUUAUGACUUGGACCUCAGCUCUGCUAUAAUAGAACCGGAUGGCCUGAAAAAACUGAGCAAAAUGUACUGCGUGCGGAAAAUACUGUACAAAUGGGCGAGGACUCAGGAGGAGAGCAUCUUGAAGCAGCUGAAUGCAGGAGUUCGGUACUUUGACCUGAGGAUCGCUCGAAAGGACAACGACCCCGACCCCAACCGACUUUACUUUUAUCACGGACUGUUAACACAAACUGAUGUGGAGACUAUCCUCAGGGUGAUGAACGACUGGGCAGAGAGGCAUCCCAAAGAGAUCCUCAUCCUCAGUUUCUCCCACUUUAAAGGCUUCGUCAAACGGUACGAAGAUCAGCUGCACUGCCAUCUCAUCAACUUCAUCAAGACGCUGUUUGGAGCCAAACUCUGCAAAAGGUACCCCUUCCCCACCCUGAAGAGCUGCUGGGAAAACGGGACCAACGUCAUCAUCUCGUACGACUAUCCUGCAAAUAUGCACCAGGAGAUAUGGGGCAAAAUACCUUAUUACUAUGGCAACAGUAUGGACAUCACAAAAGUUGAAACCAAACUUUGUUGUGUUCUGGAAAGGGACAGACCCUACCAGUGUCUGUUUGUGUGUGGGCUGAACCUCACUCUGCCAGAAGACCACAAAAUCCUCAAGUACAUCUUCUUCAGGAUGUGGGACAACCUGGCCAAAGUCAUCGAGAGGAGUCUUCCUCGGCUGCUGCACUGGGUCUCACAGCAGGGGGCCAAAACUCCCAUGAACAUCGUGGCCUCGGACGUGGUGACUCAAGACGGAUUUGUCGCCACCGUCGUCCAGCUAAACACUCAGAAACAUGUGAAAGCAUAGGGCAGUGUGUUGCAUUUUGUCUUUUUUUAAAGGAUCUUUUAAAAAGUUGAUCUUUGCUACAAAAAAAAUGCCAUACAAUUAUAUAUUAUUUGUAUUUUUGUUCACUUCAAAUGAGGGAAAUGUUAAUCCAACUUAAGUCCUGAUCAGCACUACCAAAACAAUUCUUAAUUAUCUGAUUUUAUUACUAUGUAAAUGGCAGUUUGUUUAUAAAAUACCACUGUUGUCCAGCUCAACACUCAGAAACAUGUGAAGGCAUUUUAUUUUUAAGAAUAUUUGAAAAAGUUGCUCCGUCUUAAAUCUUUGCUGCAAAAAAAAGCCAUAAAAUGAUAAUUUAAUUGCACUUUUUUCACUUGCAAUUAGUUAAAUGUUAAUCUAACUUCAGUCCUGAUCAGCACUGCAAAACAAUCUUAAUUAUCUGAUUUUAUUACUAUUUAAAUGGCAGUUUGUUUAUAAAAUACCACUGUUGUCCAGCUCAACACUCAGAAACAUAUGAUAGUAUAGGGGAGUGUGAUGCUAUUUUUGUAAAAUUUAAUUUUCUUAAAUGUUUUAUGUGAGGGACUGCGGAUCGAAAUGAGCUAAAAGCUAAAUCUGGUGCUGUUACGCUUGACACAUUUUAAUGUUUUAAGUGUUCA